AUGGACAUCUCCCUCGAAACGCACCAGUCAUACAUUGGCCAACCCAUCAGCGCCCUUCCCACCCCUGCGCUGGUGAUAAGCAAGCCAGUCCUCGAAAACAAUGUGAAGAAACUCCACGACGAUGUUGAGGCGUUGGGUAUUGGGUUUCGACCUCACGUCAAGACGCUCAAAAGUAUUGAGACUACACGAAUCAUGCUCGGCAAUGGGCGAUAUAAAAAGAUCGUGGCAUCCACAUUGUGCGAAAUCCGGGGGUGUUUGCCACUUGUCAAGGAGGGGAUUCUUGAAGAGUGUCUAUACGGCCUACCAAUCCGACCAUCUGUUCUCGCAGAUUUGGACGCAUUCACGACCCAGCAUGGUCUGAAGAUAGUCCUUAUGAUUGACCAUGUUGAUCAUAUACGUAUCGUGGAGGAGUUCAAUGCUCGUACAGGCCGCACGAACCCCUGGCCGGCAUUUAUCAAGGUUGAUGUCGGCACUAACCGCGCCGGCAUUGAGAACUCAUCGUCACGACUGGAUGGGGUCAUUCAGAAGGCUGAUACGUCUGAGGCCGUGUCGAUAUAUGGCUUUUACUGUCAUGCCGGGCAUUCAUAUGCAUCAAAAACGACCGACGACACUGUAAAAAUCCUUCAUGACGAAAUCAACGGCGCGUUGGCAGCGGCUAAGAAGCUUAUCGAUCCCAAGACGGAACUUGUGCUCUCCAUUGGCGCUACUCCAACGGCUCACGUCAUUUCGAACUUGAAAUCCGGCAUGCUGGAAAACACGCAGCUAGAGUUGCAUGCCGGUAACUUCCCGGCAAAUGAUCUUCAACAAGUCGCGACCGGCCUCGUGUCGGUUUCAGACCAAGCAGUCAGAGUCGCAGCUGAAGUGUGUAGCGUAUACCCCGAGCGAAAUGAAGCCCUCAUCAACGCGGGUGUACUCGCACUCACAAAAGAAACAAGCUCCUUCAGUGGCCUAGCCAGAUGGACGGAAGGACUGGACUGGAGUAUUGUGCGCGUUAGUCAGGAACACGGUAUCUUUGGCUGGGUGGGGAGUGACGAAAGGAGGGAAAACGCCGAGGAGAGGUUCGCGAUUGGUCAGAAGGUGCUGCUGUAUACUCAGCAUGCGUGUAUUACGAGUGCGAUGUUCCAUGCGUUUUACGUGGUAGAUGAGCAGGAUAUUGUUCGCGAGACGUGGGUGCCGUGGAAGGGGUGGUAA